CAUUUCCUCUCCUCCCUUUUCUUCUUCAUAAUUCCCUUUUCUUCUUCAUUUCUUCACACUUCUAUUUGCUCUCUGGUUGCUUCUUCUUCUGUUCGAAUAAGGAUUUGACAAUGAAGCUUGAUACAAGUGGGCUCGAGUCAAAUGUGCCUAUGUUUGGCAGAAACUGCGAGAGCGAGAUGCUGGAUGGGUUGUCCGAUGUGCCCUCCUUUGAUCUUCCCCUCGCAAACGAUUUUGAUGGGUUCCAAAAGGAAGCUGUACAGAUGGUGAAGCCUGCAAAGGGUACGACCACACUCGCCUUUAUCUUUAAGGAGGGUGUCAUGGUUGCUGCUGAUUCUCGGGCAAGCAUGGGAGGAUAUAUCUCAUCACAGUCUGUGAAGAAGAUUAUUGAAAUUAAUCCUUAUAUGCUCGGAACAAUGGCCGGAGGAGCUGCUGACUGCCAGUUCUGGCACAGAAAUCUGGGUAUUAAGUGCCGUCUACAUGAACUGGCAAACAAGAGGAGAAUCUCUGUUUCUGGAGCAUCAAAGCUUCUUGCCAACAUGCUCUACUCAUACCGUGGGAUGGGGCUUUCUGUUGGGACAAUGAUUGCUGGAUGGGAUGAAACUGGUCCCGGGUUAUACUAUGUUGACAACGAAGGAGGACGGAUCAAAGGAGACAGAUUCUCAGUCGGAUCUGGUUCACCAUACGCCUAUGGUGUUCUCGACAGUGGGUACAAAUACGAUAUGACGGUGGAGGAAGCCGCUGAGCUAGCGAGGAGAUCCAUCUACCAUGCCACAUUCCGUGAUGGAGCCAGUGGUGGAGUGGCUAGUGUGUACCAUGUUGGGCCGAAUGGAUGGAAGAAACUGUCGGGAGAUGAUGUAGGAGAGCUCCAUUACAAGUACUAUCCGGUGACGCCGAGUUCUGCAGAACAAGUGAUGUCUGAAGCAUGAGAUUGUGUGGUAAAAACCUCUUUCGAUCGUUCGUUUUCUUUGUCGAACCAACAAAAGAAAUUGGGUUUUCGUCUACCAUUGUUGAUCUGGAGAUCUCAGUGUAGUGUUGGAUCCUAGUUUAUGACCACUUGUUAUUGUCUUACCGUAUGGUUUCUCACGAAAAUGCACGGAUUCCUCAGUUUUUACGUGCAA